ACGUCAAAAAUAUUUUAGUUCGUUGUUUAACGUUUAUUGUUAAAAUUUUGCGUUGCCGUUGUACAAAUUAGUUUAUUCAAAUGAACCUCGCAACUGUGACGUUUUAAAAUUCUACUAUAUAAAUUGUCUGAGUUUGGCGAAUCGGAAUAAGUAGUCAGUUGUACAUUCGAUCGUUAGCCUGUAACAUAAAAAUAAUGACGAAAUUAUUGUGCCUUGUUUCGUUCGUCGUACUAUCAGUACAGACGAUUUCCUGUAUUCCAGCUGAUCCUGCAAGUGCACUCAUGGGUGCGGCCUCAGAAAUAAUGAAACCUGCAUCCGCAUUAAAGGGUGCAUUAGACACUGCCAUCGGUUCUACUGCCACACCUUCCACGCCAGGCGCUGCAACUCCGGCAGCCUCAACCUCACCUGCAGCUGCAACCUCACCUACAGCGGCAACCUCACCUGCAGCGGCAACCUCACCCACAGCUGCAACCUCUCCUGCAGCCGGAACCUCCCCAGCAGACGGAACCUCCCCUGCAGCCGGAACCUCCCCUGCAGCCGGAACCUCCCCUGCAGCCGGAACCUCCCCUGCAGCCGGAACCUCUCCUGCAGACUCACCAAUAUUGAACCCUAUUGGCGCCAUCGCAGAUUUUGCGAAGAAAGUUGGAACGACCUUCUUCGGUUUUUUGGGGCGCUAAGUCGUAGAAACACAACAUUGUAAUGAGACUUACAAACACUUUAAAAAUAACAUUGAGUUUACUUAUAAAUUAUUGUGGCAAUUACCAAAUACAAUACCUAUUUCAAAAUUG